GACGCGCAAUUCCCGCCGCCGCCGCCGCCAUGUCGCCGCUCGCCCGCUCGCUGCUCGCGCUCGCCGCGCUGCUCGCCGCCGCCGACGCGUUAGCAAACCCUUAUUGUGACUAUCUGACCAUAGGUCGUAACUAUUAUGCUGAUGGAGACAAUGUCAUUAAGUAUACACUUACAGUUUCUGGUGAAUUUUACACGAUCAUUCCUGAUAAAUGCUCCAGACCUGGAAGAAGGUUGGUACACCAAACCCUUGUCGUAUGCAACGACCCAAAUAAUGUGCCCCGCAUCAGCUUGGUCAAACACAGCGAUCCUUACACCGCCGUCACCAUCGAGUGCCCCAGAGACGUGCCUGGCUGCUUGAACCUCGAGCUACAUGUGAGGCAGGAUUGUAAACCGGUCACUGGACCUGGACCGGAAGAUGACACUAAUUAAAUGGAAGUAUUUAUAUUAACAA